AUGUGCGGUCACUCACACACAAAACCGACCGAUAUUGGGGUAAAUAUAAUCGGGGGCAGUGAUGUAGCCCAUGGUGAAUUUCCCUGGCAAGUGAUACUCAAUUACGAUUAUGAUGGUCAAAAAACUGACAACUGCGGGGCGACAAUAAUUAACGAGAAUUGGGUCCUAACGGCUGCCCAUUGUGUCAAAGAUAUGCCCGAAGCGGACAAAUAUAACAUACGGUUAAACGUUUACAACCGAACCACUCAUGACAGCACUGAACUCAACGUUAAGGCAAAAAAGUUGAUUGUCCAUGAGCAUUACAAUCGGACUAUUAAAGUGAAUGACAUCGCUCUAAUCAAACUGAGCGAAACACUUGAUUUUAAUGGCAAACACAAAGCAGUGGAACCCAUAUGUCUGCCGAACCCGAGCACCAAACUGGUCGACAAGUGUGUGGCCACUGGUAUUGGUCUCAAUGAACAGGGACGUCAGCCGCAGAUAUUGCAGAAAGUGAACGAACCCUUAAGGGAUGAUAAGGUUUGCGCCGAUAUCUACGACAUCUACAACAGUGAUGUGGAUCUGUGUGGGGGAAGCGGUCAAAAGGGCGGCGUCUGUACGGGUGAUUCCGGUGGACCCCUGCAGUGUUUGGCCACUGAUGGUCUCUGGUAUCAGUUGGGCAUUACGUCAUACGGCGGCACAUGUGGUGAAGUGCCCGAUGUCUUUGGUGUGCAAAUCGGGGCCACAAUAAUAGGUGGUAGCGAUGCACUGGUGGGAGAGUUUCCGUGGCAGGUCAUAGUGUCGGCCGCCAACGAGACUAAUCCCGACGCCAGGGAUUUCUGCGGCGGGACUAUAAUCGACGACCGAUGGAUACUAACCGCUUCUCAUUGCGUUGAGCACAUCAAAGAUGUGACCAAUUAUUACAUAAGACUAGGCGUUCACAACCGCACCGCUCGUGAGCCCACCGAAGUUGAUAUUAAAGUUAAUAAG